GUCAUCUCGCAUCGCGUUUUCCAACUUCACCACAUUUCGCAUCAACAAAGCCCCCAGCAGCCUGUAGUCUUUCCCCAUCCGACAUCCUCACAAUAACUUCCAGUGCGGCAUCAUGUCGUCGUGGAAUCCCGCAAGCAUGGUCUCCAAACUCAAUCCCUCCCACAUGAGCCAGCAGCAAGUAGAGAAGCAGCUCAACCAAGCCGCCGAGUACGCCCAGCAAGCCGUCGACGCGCAGAAAGGCGCCGAGGAAGCCAAGCGACGCGUCGAUGAAGCCGUCGACCCGGAAGCCAAGGAAAAGGCACUCAAAGAGCUUCGCGAGUGCGAAAAGAAGGCGAAGAGUCUGGGGAAAGCGGCCCAACGGCUCCAGAGUGGCGCCUGGCAGGGUGGUUUUGGCGGUGGAGGCAUAGGCGCCGGCGUGGGCAUGGGUCUUGGCGCAGUGGUUGGAACGCUUGUGGGAGGCAUCGCAGCGAUUCCAACGACGGGGUUGGGGAUACUGAUUGGAGCGGGGACGGGCGUCAUACACGGGCCGUGGCUGAAGUUGCCGGAUGGGAAGCAGAUCAAGAUCCCAGGUGGGGAGAAGCUGAAUCUCCCUGAUGGGGAAGAGGUUAAGGUAGAGAAUGGAGACAUGUAUAGGGCAUCAAAUGGGGAAAAGAUUGAGAUACCAGAGGGAGACGAGGAUUCGGUAAGAGAGGACUCUCCGAUGGCUCAAGAAGGGGCGAACCAACCAGAGCCCGAUCAACCACCUCCAUCGCAGCCAAAGCCUAAGAAAACGCCGCGCAAAAUCGAGGUGCGAAAUCACCGGAAGGACGAGGCAUCUUCUCAGACCCCCGAGAACCCAGAGAAGGCUCGAAAGAAGCCUCCGAAGCUCGAGAAAAGGUCGUGAGACCGUCCAUCUUUGAUGACCAGAUGACAAUGUAUGAGACAGGAAAUACUUUUCAUUGACAAAACUGCAUAUCAACCGCAUAUUUCCGCAUAGCGAGUCUAUAAUUCAACUCUUUGUAAUUCUAUCUAAACAAAUGAGCAUCUACGAAAGGAAUGAGUUUGAACUGCCCAAAAUUC